CCAAUUCAAUCCGUCUAUCCGUCUAUCCGUCUCUCUGUCCAUCCGUCCGUCUCUCGCGACCCGUCAUAGUCUUUCAGAAGACACUCAUUUCUACCGAUUCAUACACCAACGUCGUACCGUCGCUAUUCAACCAUGUCUUUCCUCGGAUUCGGGCGCCCGAAGCUGUCUUCGGAGGAGAAGGUUGCCAUGGCCGAGCAGGAGCUGCGCAUGCUCGCUUCCAUGCACAACCGAAUGACCAAGAUGUGCCAGACGAAGUGCAUCCCCGACUACCGCGAGGGCGAACUCAACAAGGGCGAGUCCGUCUGCCUCGAUCGCUGCUCGGCAAAGUACUUCGAAUCUCACCAAAAGGUCAGCGACAUCAUGCAGGCCGAGAGCCAGAAGAGAGGCCCUGCCCAGGGCGGCGCCAUGUUUUAAGGGGCGACCAGCACAGAGAAACUUCCCCGGGGUUUAUCUCUAGCUUCCAGGUCGGGUCGAUCAAGUCAAAAGGUGUCGCGUUAUCUUGACUUGAUCGCCCCGACAGACCGGUAGAACGGGCGUGUACUAUGGGUUUUUUUUUUUGUUUCGGUGGUUUUAGUACCAUGAUUUUUCACGAGAUGCUCGAGGGAGCCAAGGGAGACGACGCCGGC